AUGAAGGCAACCAACCCGUUACUUCUCGCAGGCCUAAUAGCCUGCACUCUGUUUGCGAAAAUCAGCAGUGCUCAAGACUGCAGCAAGACCAAGCUCUGUGCCACGGGUUGCUGCAGCAAAUUCGGCUUCUGCGGCACGACGGACGAGCACUGUGGCGAAGGUUGCCAGAGCACCUGUGACUUCGAGCUUGGCUGCCAUGCCAGCAAGCCAUGUGCCACAGGGUGUUGCAGCAAAUUCGGGUUUUGCGGUCUUGGACCUGAUUUCUGCAGCCCCGAGAAUUGCGUUUCCGGGUGUCAGUCUAAAUCCUAUUGUGACCCAGGAGGUUAUGGGCCCGACUAUGUCGAGAUCGAAAAAUGCCCCCUCAACGUCUGCUGUUCCAAGUUUGGCUUUUGUGGAACGACAAGCGAGUUCUGCGCUGGAAAGGAAGUUGCGAGGCCUCAAUGCUCCAGUGCCGGCCGGAAGGUCCAGCGCGUCAUUGGCUACUUUGAGAGCUGGGCUCCGAAGCGCGCCUGUCAAGCCUUUCAACCUGAAGACAUCCCUGUCGGCGUCUACUCGCAUCUCAUCUUCGCGUUCGCGGGUAUCGAUCCCGUCACUUUUGAGAUCGUCCCUGGCUCUCCAGAUGACAUUGACCUAUACCGACGAAUUACGGCUCUGAAAAAGAAAGAUCCAGACCUCAAAGUUCUCAUCGCAGUCGGGGGCUGGGCAUUCAAUGAUCCGGGCCCUACUGCAACGACUUUCUCAGACGUUGCGAGGUCUCCUACGAAUCGAAUCAGGUUCGCCCGGUCUGUCCUGAAAUUCUUAAUCACCUACGACUUUGAUGGCGUUGACAUCGAUUGGGAGUAUCCUGGCGCCGAAGACCGCUCCGGCCGGCCAGAGGACUUCAAGAACUUUCCCAUCCUCAUGUCGGAUCUCCGCGAGGCGCUCGACAUGUCGGGCAGAAACAUCCUCACUCUGACGACACCUGUCUCCUACUGGUACCUUCAACAUUUUGAUAUUGAGAGCCUCAUCAAACCUGUCGACUUCUUUAACGUCAUGUCCUACGACUUGCAUGGCAUUUGGGAUAAAGGCAGCAAAUGGCUUGGAGACUUCCUGAAUGCCCACACCAACAUGACCGAGAUUACAGACUAUCUCGACCUCUUCUGGCGCAAUAACAUUGACCCUGCAAAGAUGACACUUGGCCUGGCGUUCUACUCUCGAACAUUCACCGUCGCCGAUCGGUCAUGUACGACACCUGGGUGCAGGUUCGACUCCGGCGGCAAUCCGGGUCCUUGCACGCGUGAUACUGAGGGGGGCACGCUCUCUAUUGCGGAAAUCAGCGACUUGCUUCCCAAAUCCUCCAAGCCCGUCAUCGAUGAGAAAGCCAUGGUGAAGAUGACAGUUGCGAAUGGGAAUCAGUGGAUCGCCUACGACGACCUGGACACGUGGAAGCUCAAGAUCGAUGCGGCGAAUCGGCUGUGCCUAGGAGGCGUCAUGGUCUGGGCUGCCGCAGUGCACGUGGACCGACUGCAACCAGAAGUGCCCCAUCGUCGAUGGUGCCCAAUGGACGACUAUCAAGCGGUCCGAUCCAGACGGCGGCGGCGAGGCCAUGAUGGAUAG